AUGGUAUGUUAUCCAAACGUUGUCAUUCACACCAUCAGUCGGAUGAUGCUGCUGUGUGCGUACAGCACAUGGGGGAUCGGCGAAGAAAAGCCGGCUAACACGCGGUCGCCAUACCGCAGAAUGUGGCGCAGUCUGCGAAUGUUCAAACCGUGGGUGAAAGGAAACCAGAAAAAGUGCCCCGCCCUUCGGGGACCGUCUAAUCGUUCGCCUGUUUCGACAGAGGUUAAGGCGAAAGAAGGAGGUCGACAUCUGCUGCAGCUGCCAGCCAGCCACAUACACGAGAGCGUUACGGCGGAUACGAAGAUUAACGCGGCCGAACGAUCAGCUGACGCGUGUCGAACGACCAAAGGACGAUGA